UCUUUGUUUCGUGAUAUUUAAAUGGCAUCGAGAUCAAUAAUUUCUUGCUCAUAUUUGUGUAAAAAUACGUGUGCGAUUUCGAUCCCGAAAUGUGGCUAAGCUGUACAAAGUUAUCAGCAUGAAGCAAGGACAAGUCCCUGACGUCACGCCAUAACGCAGAUGAAGUGAUCAAUGUAAUUUCACAUAAUAGUUUUAAAUGAACAAACACAAUACCAUUUGAAAAUGUAAACAACUGCUAUCGUAUUUAAUUAGAGUCGAUGAUGCAAGUAAUAAUAAUGUAAUAAUAAGUAAAAAUGCCAUUUUUAAUUGUGACAGUGUUACUUGUUAACUUGAAGGUUGACGUCACUGCAUGCCUGUGUCACCCAUUCAUCCCAUUUCUUUAUCGCUUAUCAUUAUCCUUGUUUUAAUUUUCCACUAUGUGGAGGUGACUACCAUGUUCUCAAACAUUGGAAGGUCAUUGUCUCUCUUCAGACGCUCUUCGGGUGGCUGCGGUUGUCCAACAGUCGCUCGGGUAACCCGGGCCUGCAGUAGUCUGCUGACUGACAGCAGCAGAGGGCUUGUCCUGUACUCCCAGUCCACAGACGUCUAUGAGAACCUUUCCCUGGAGGACUGGAUCGAGGCCCAUGUAGACCUGCAGCAACGCAACAUCCUGCUCCUGUGGCGCAACAGGCCAGCCGUGGUCAUAGGGCGACACCAGAACCCCUGGAAGGAGUGCAACCUGUCACUCAUGAAGCAUUCGGGGAUAACGUUAGCCCGAAGGCGAAGUGGUGGAGGCACUGUGUUCCAUGACCUUGGGAAUCUUAACAUUACCUUCUUUGCGUCGAAGAAGGCGUAUGACCGCCAGAGGAACCUGAAGGUCAUCACUGAGGCUCUGAAAAGUCUCCGACCCGGACUGGAGGUCGAAGCCACUAAAAGGCUGGACAUCUUUCUGAAGGGGCAUUACAAGAUCUCAGGAAGUGCAUCGAGAAUCAGCAGGAAGUCAUCAUACCAUCACUGCACACUCCUGCACUCAGCUGACCACUCUGCCCUCUCCACUGUGUUGCGCUCGUCCUGCCAAGGUCUCUGCAGCAACGCCACGCCCAGUGUGCCUUCACCCGUGGCUAAUCUGACGGACUAUGACCCCACGCUGCAGUGGAAAGAGCUGUUGGAUGCAUUGGCAGACCAGUACAGUGCAGAGUUUGGUAUCAACUCCGCAAAGACUCUUGUGAAUCCAGCUGAUGAGUCGGCAUUUCCAGGUCUCAGCAGGGCGGCGGAAGAACUGCGAGGAUGGGACUGGGUAUUUGGAAAGACACCAAAGUUCAGUGUCCAAACGCCGCUGAAACUGACCGAUGACUGUUCAUCGGAUAAAGACACGGCACGGCUGUGUUUAGAGGUCAAGAAUGGCCUGAUUGAGAACUGCAACUUGGACCUUCCGACUGAUUGGCUUCCACGUGGCCUCAGCAGCAAGCUGAGCGCGGUGCUGGAAGGAGAGCGAUUUUGUCCGCAACGUGUAGCUGCAGCUUUUUCUGUGCUGUUGCACUGUGAGAGCGGAGAGCAACAGAACAGACUGCAGAGACUAUGUGACGCCAUAUUGGCUGUCAUGGGCUGAAAGAAUUUCUUGGCAGGCUUCUGAAAGAAAUUUCCGGGUUCUGCCAUGAAGUUAACACUGACAAAUAAAAUCAGUGAGCAAUAGUGCACAAACAACGUUGGGUGGGCUGCAUUUGAAGGAGCCAUCAAAUUGGGACAAACUGGGACAACCGUCAUAAUGAUGUCAUUUGUCAAGUGUGUCAUUGAACUGACCAGUGCUGACUCCAGGCUGCAGAGUAAUUCCAGUUGAAUUGGUUGGUUUUCUUCCAUGCGGAGACCUCAGCCCUGCACUACAAGCAAGUUUAGGAUAUCGCCAAAUAUUCAAGAUGUGAGAUAAGCAGUACUACGAACAUUGAUAACAAUUUUAUAACAACAAGGAUUUUUAAUUCGCAAAAAGGGCCACUGUUAGCAACAACAGUUGACCAAUCACAAGCAUGAACAAUGAAGCACAGUCUCUUACUUCACUCAGGAAGAACAAUCCAUUAUAUCAAGUGUGAUGAAUAUUAAAAAAUGACUUGAUAAAGGAAACACGCUUGUCGCUGCUCAAUACAAGAGAGAAGGCUGUCAGAAUGUAUGCGUCAAUGUAUACUACCUUUAACAAACACAGAUAAUAUACAUUUGGCCUGCAAUACAUUACCGCUACUGAUUACUGGUGAAGUUGAACUUUUUGUUUCAUUCUAUCAGAGUCAGGGAAAACUUGAGCAAAUAAAAAUGAAAUAUAACAAUAAUAUUCAAAUCGGUUAUGUUACAAUAAAAUAACAUUUUUCUGGAGAAGGAUAAAGUG